AUGGCUUAAUUCGUAUGCAAAUUUAGUUUGUCAAACGUAGAAUUUGGCCGCUCACAUACAAAAGUUGGUUGAAUACUUGAAUUGUUAUGGAAAUUAAGGUUGAAAAACAUUUGAUGAAGCACAAUAGAGCAUGUGUCAAUUUAAUGAUUUCAUUGUAGUUUACGGCAUACAUGCAUUGCCAAUUGUAGGAAUAGAUGAACCAACUUUAUUUGCUUCCAUGAUGCCUUAUGUAGCCAUUGGACUUUUCAAAAAUGAAAAAGUUGAUAAUGUUUGGAACAAUAGUAUUAUGAUCAAUUCAAUUAUUGCUGGAGUUUAUUUUUUUGGUUGACUUUUCUUCCCCAAGAUCCGAACCUUUUAGUUUGCAUAUUAAAUUUGGGAUAAUAAUUAACAAUUGGAAAGAAAUUCUCAAUGCUAAAAAAACAUGAGAGUGAGAUUGACGUGUGUGGAAAGAAUACAGUUUUUAUAUAAACCUCCCAGCUCCUUCCCACAAUCCCGCGUACGCUGUUUAUGAUGGGCAACGGUUGCAACUUUGAGCGUAAUAGAACAUAACCAAAAACCAUUGAGUAUACCGUGAGUGUCCAACAAUCGAAAGAAUUACUCGAUAGUUUCUCUCAGUCAUAUAUCAGCCAAGAAAGAUUUGACGUGAAGAGUUAGUUAAACAAACACAUUCCACAACACCAAGAAAAAUGAUAAACAGAAGACUAAGCACUCGAACGAGCAUCCAACCAACCCAAAGGACCGAACCCCACAUUGAUGCACCCCUUACUUCCAACUUAUGUGACAAUGGCACUCCUUCCUUGCCAAGAAAAUUCACAAAUUCCAGGCGGACCAUAGGUAAAAGCUCAGAUUGGUCGUUGAAUUCUCCCAAGGAAGAUCAACCAGAAUCUCCAUCACCCAUUUGCAGCAGUUGCACUAGUCCACUAAGCUCUAAAACAUCUUCUUCUAAGCUCAAUACAUUCUUCUCUCGACUCUCCACUGAGUCAGCAACUCCAAGAAACCAGAGCUAUUACGUUGAUUCGGAUAGUGGGAAGAAUGGCCGUUUCAACGACCCAAAUCCUCAAGACAAGUAUCCACUAGCAAUUGAAGAGAAUUCAGUAGCUGAGGAGAUUAGUAGUCAAGCUUGCAGUUUAGGGAACUUCGGAGUGUCCAAUGGUGAAAGCCCGGAUUAUUUACAGCAUAACUUGAUGACUCGGCCGAAGCCUUACAGUACGUUCUUAGAUGAAGUCAAGAAGCAGGAGCUUGAGGCUGAGGUAGAAGCAUGGAAAAAAACUAAAGAAACCGAGCUUAUUGACAAGUUGGCCAGAAAAGAAGCUGCUAUAAACGAAUGGGAACACAAGAAGACUAGCAAGAUUGUGGAAGAAAUGAAGAAAUUUGAGAGCAAGCUGGAGAAGAAGCGUGCUAAAGCAUUACAGAAAUUCCAAAAGAAAAUGAACAUAGCAAAGGCUGAGGCAAAUAAAAUGACAACAAAGGCAAGGAAAGAAACCAUUGAGAAAAUAUCAGACAUUUCAAAGAUCUCUGACACAGCAUUAGCCACGAAGAAUUUAAAAUGUGUCAGGCUACGGUUCUCUUAGUCCAAAAAAAAAACAAUUAUAACUUUUAGUAAUUAGAUAAAUGAGAUUUUUGGCAUUAAAUUCCAAUGUGCAUCAACGAUUCUAUUCAGCAAUUAUUAAUCAUAAGAAUCCGUAGUAUCUCCAAGCUUUUUGACGUUAUGCUAGUCCUUGUAAGAGAGUUAGUGGUCAUGUUGGUCAUAUAUUUUUUUAGACAUUUCAGACAUGUAUCGGUGGGUUCACUUAAUUUUGACCGAUUAAUAUUUUUCAUAUUUCCCUGAAAAAUAAAAAAGGAAAAAACAACCAAGCCGAAGAAACAAUUAAAGAAACAUGGCUCUUUCUCAAGUUUGUUUUAGAAGUAAAAAUUACAUUGAACUUGAAGAAUGAUAUACAACUGUGCAGGGAUAUUUAACUGUCUAAAUGAUAUAAUUCAAAUGCAAUGAUUAAUGACCGCACUACAAAACAGAAAGAAUAUUUACAUGCCAUUAGCAGUUUUGAGCUACUCUGCAACUAAAGCAGUGAAUACUAGCAAAUAAAAACGCAUGCCGUGCGCCGUAAAUAU